AUGCACAGCUGUCGUUUUAUCACCACGCAUCCAGAAAGGUCGCGGCCAUCUUUGAAAGCUGCGUCCGUCUGUUACCCAGAGAUUUCUGACAGUCCACGUAUUGCUCCGGUAAUAAAGAUGUUGGAAUGUUCUGAAGUCAACAGUAAGACCACAUCAGACUUCCCGUAUUCCUUCACCGAGGAUGGACGUCUCUGCCAUGUCGAUACUCUGAAACCCUACAAGUUUUCAUUCCAGCUCAAGGACGUCCAAGCGACUAUGAGGGAACAUACAUCUCUUUGCUGUUACAUCUCGCAGCAUGUGUACAACCUCCUUGAGAAAAAGUACAACCUGAUCAAGGUGUACCUGGACAAAGGGAGCCACUCUGAUUCCCAUCCUCCUGGUUUCGUCUACAUGAGUCCAGGGGCUUUGGGACAUAAUGGGACGCUGAUGGUCCUGAUCCAGGAUAAAGGCACUAUAAGGUGUGGCACGUGGAGUUGGAGAGCUGUAGUUCAUGAAGGCCUGGAGACAGGGAGUCAGAUCCCAUAUGUGCACAGGGCUUUGGAGGAAUCCUGUGCUGUUUUGUUGAUGAACCCCAAUGAAGGAGCAGUGACACCAGAGGAGCAUGUGCACCAAGUGUGGGAUCAGAUGCUGCUCAAUAGCACCGCAGAGCAAAUCGUAGUAGUGGCACAUGGUUACGGAGGCUUGGCAUUUGUUCAUCUCUUGUGCUGUCGGAUGAAAGAGAUCCAACAGCGGAAGUGUGCUGCGGCCUUCAUCGAUUCUUCGCACAACCUCUGGCAUCAGCCACUUGGAGCUUUAGGACGUGAUUGGAUCAAGACGCAUUCCAGCACGUGGGUACUGAGCAGCAAGCCGACGAAUCGGCUGGUUGGGUCUCUCAAGGCGGGGUGCAGGAUGAUAUCAGCAGGGACGCUGUGCCACGAGACGGCACCUGCUGCGUGUAUGGAAUCGGUAUUUCGUUACUUCGCCAAACUGACGAAGCAUGCAGUCGCACCGACGCCCUUCGGCAUUGUUACUAGAAGCAGGAGCCUCAGCACGAGAAAGCCGAGCAGCACAUCUGACCAAGACAAUACUACAUCCUGA